AUGCCCCCGUGUCUCCACUUUCCCACCCUUCGGGGCGCGGGAUUGGCUGACACUGGGGCCUUGGCACUUCCGCAACCGGCUAUUGGCGCAUGGGGCACCCCACAUUCUCUCACUUGCAACGCGCACGAAAAAAAGAGACUCGGCAACGCUGGGCGAACAGGCAACAGUUUCAUGUACCUUUCUUGUGCGCUGUUUGCGGUCUUCCACCCACCUCCAACGCACAGGCCGCUGCGCCUGCCUCGGCUUCCGCUUUUCUUCUCUUUCUUGGUGCCUGAGAGCGAAAAAGGUCCCUUUCUCGUUCGUCUCGGAUACGAGGAGAAUGCGUGUCCGGAAGGGAAGAAGAAGCCACGGCUUAUCUUUUUCUCUUUUGACCCUUUGGCUCCGUUCCGCUGGUUCAAUUGCCGGCGCUUGCUGGGAAAAGACAUCACCGUGCAUGAUGAUGGUUCUACCCCGAAACUCUGGAAAAUAGUCGGUUGGCGCUGCUUCCAUUCCACAGAGGGAGUGGAACACAAGUCGACGAUGCGGACGUCAUUGGAGAAUCAUAGGGGUCCUCGUGAGGGGCACUCCUCUCUCUGCCCUUUGGUGACCACGAAAUCUGCACUGCCGAGAUGGCGCGCUUUUCUCAAUCCCGCCCAAUCACGACCAUUCCCUUCUCCGCAGUCGACUCCGUCCCUGCUUGGUGGGCGCCUCUGA